UCUAAUUCGCGAUUUGCGCCAUAUUGGGUAACUGGUUCUCAAGCCAUAUAUUUGGUCUUAAGUUUAUAUCUUUCUACUGGAUCCAACACACACGGCUUUUGCAUCCCAAACAUUUCUGAAACCCCGUCUCCCAUGGCACCCACCACAGAUAAAGAUGCGAAGCGUCUCGUAGCAGAAGAGUCAUAUGAUGAUUGUCUUGCGUGCAGAGUUACAGGCUCCGCUGCAUUCAUUGGCCUCGGCGUGUACAGCUACCAUACGGGCAUGAGCAACCUACAAAAGCAGGAGAAGAUGAUCCUGCAGAGCGCCUCACGAUUUAAGAUGGGACCCCGGCGGUUCGGCAUUGCGUCAAUCUCUGCAACGCUUGUUGGCAUGGGAGUUUGGAGAGCUUUCAACUGAAGCUCGUUUUGAUACCUUGUUUUCUCAAAACACUACAUGUACAGUAAAGGGCGUUUGUUGAUAGCGAAAAUACCAG